AUGAAGACUUAUCAAUUUAAAUUACAAGUUGAUGAUGCUUAUGAUUUGCAAGUUUCAACUUUGUGUUGGAAGUAUCAUAAUUGUGACGAGACCAAAACAGCUACAAUAAAAUCUAGGGAUGACAUUAUGGUUUUAUUUGAGAUACAAGCAUAUCCAGGUUCAAUUGAAUAUUGGUAUGUAAAUUAUAAAGGAGAUGCAGAAUAUGCCACAAGAAAUAUGAAUUUAGAGAAAGACCCUAAAAUUGAUCGGUUUAACUAUCUUAGUUUAAUUGUUUAAUGCUCUAUUAACUCAUAGAAUUUUUAACAAUAUAAUUCGUUGUAUUAUAUAGGCCAAGGUAAACGUAAAUUGAUAAAUUUUGAUGGGGAAACCUUAAUUUAUAUUCCUUUAUGGUAUAAUGAAGCUCAAUUUCUAAUUGAAAAUUAGGAUGAUGACGAAAAGUAAUUAGAAAUUAAAUUUCAUAUUCCUUUAGAAGAACUAUCUCCUAAUAAAAACUCAUUGUAAUUAGAAAUCUUUCGGAAUGAUUUAGAAAAUUGUUUAUCUAAAUAAGAUAAACGUUUCAGAUAAUAAAAUGGACGUAUUAAUUUCCACAUUGAUGACUCGAGAAAAAGAGAUUUUGAUGACAUCAUUAUAUUUCAACAAAACUAAGUUCAAAAAGAGGCUGAUAGGCAGUCAAAUAGCUUGGGUGGUCUCAUUUAAUAGAUUCGCACAAUGGAUUCAGAUUUAUUAUCCUCAAAAUGUUACCAAUCAUUUAAAAAGAGAGAUAACUUUUUUCAAGAGACAUAGUAGCCAUAGAAUACAUUUAAGUAUAUAAAUAAAAAAUAAUCUUAAAUUUUGUAAAGAGAUUGUAAACCGAUAUCAAAGUUUUGUACUACUGAACACAACUUUUAUCCAAAAGAUGGAAAUAUUAAAGAUUUAAACAAUACUGGUAGAUAACUUUUAAGUAAAAUAGAACUAGAUAAAUUGGUGGAGAAAAGUAGGUAGAGUGAUCAAAAAGAUGAAACUGAAGAAAAGGACACUAUGGUAUACACAAUUUUGUAACCAAUUAAUUGUGAUCCUUCAUUAUAUCAACUUGACAAUAUAACAUUAAUAAAAUUACUAUAAGAAAAAGACAAUGAGAUCAAAGAAUUAAACACAAAUUAUCAAUCAGAAAUCAAUAAUUUAAUGGUAAAAAUUUAAAACUUGAACAUAAAAUUGAAUGAGGAAAAAGAACAUGCUCAAGAUUUAUCAAGAUUAAAUUGGUUUAAAGUUAUUUAGAAUUAUAGAAGUAGGAGAUACUCACCUCAAAGGAUAAGUAAAACUUACUCAUAGUCAACGGCUAAUUUAAUGAAGAUCAAUCCUUAACUAUCUUUUGCUAAAGAUGUAAUAAGUUAGAAUAGUUCAUCAAUUAUUCCAUGUUCAACUAAGUUGGGUAUAAGAAAAUAGAAUGAUAGAAGAGCAAAAACCAUUAAAACGGAAGCUUCAAUUCCAUAUUAAUGA